UGCUAGGUGGUGCUGCCUGUCGUCGCUGCCAGGCGCCGGAAGAGCGCUCGCAGUAUGGCAGACCUGGCGGACGAACUACUUGCAGACCUCGGGUCCGAGGAGGAUGCGCAGUAUGCUGGUGUGGAUGGCUCCAGCGGCGAAGUGGCCAGUGCCUCCUCUUCUUCUUCCACCAUAGCACUUUGCAAGCGCAAGGCGGUGGAAGAUGCAGACCUGGAUGACCUCGAGGCACUCGAGGGAGAUGCAGGGACGGAUGAGGAGGAUGGUGAGGGGAACGGCGGGGUGCUCGACGGAAGCGGCAAGGGGACGAACUCCAACUCCAAGAAUGCGGUCAAAGCUGCGGAAGAGAUGGACCACGACGAGAUCGAGCAGCUAGAUCUAGGGCCGACCAGCAUCAAUAGCGUACACGCCGUCUGCAAGGCGCUGCGGAGCAGCCGGCUACAAGAUACUCUGUCUCAGAUCCACCAAUUCGGCACCUUAGACACGCCAGAUUUCGAAGGCGUGCUGGAGGAGACACCCGAGUACAGCCUGAUUGUCCGGGCAAACAACCUUGCAGUAGAACUCGACAACGAGAUCAUGAUGGCACACAAGUUUAUCCGCGAUCACUAUGCACCCCGCUUUCCGGAGCUGGAGACGCUCAUCCUCAACCCGUGGGAGUUCGUGCAGGCUGUACAGGCUCUGGGCAACACCGAAGACAUGUCCAAAGCCAACCUGGAAGGCAUCCUCCCGCACGGAACGAUCGUCGUUAUCAGCAUGACUGCAUCCACGACAAACGGCCGGCCGCUAGAGCCUAAAGCAUGGGAGAGGGUCGAGGAGGCAUGCCAGGUCGUCUUUGACCUCGAAGCAGCGCGCAGAAAGAUCCUCACCUACGUCGAGUCGCGCAUGACACUCAUCGCUCCGAACCUCUCUGCCGUCGUCGGCACACGUGUGGCCACCAAGCUGCUCGGUGUUGCCGGCGGACUGACGGCGCUCGGAAAGAUCCCUGCAAGCAACAUCGGCCUGCUCGGCGCGCCGAAGCGCAGCGCGACAGCCGCCACGGGCCUCUCCACCGCCUUCUCCGGCCGGCACAACGGCUUCAUCGCGCAGUCCGAUUUGGUCGAGAGCACGCCAGAGGAGUACCGGCGGCAGGCCCAGCGCAUGGUCAGCGCGAAAGCCGUCCUGGCCGCGCGCAUGGAUGGCGCAAAGAGCAUGCGCGACGGCAGUUACGGGCGCAAAUUGUACGACGAGCUUGAGCGCAAGCUGGAGAAGCUGCAGGAGCCACCUCCGAGCAAAAUGAUCAAGGCGCUCCCGCGGCCACAGGAGGGCGGGCGUAAGCAGCGCCGCGGCGGGCGCGCGGCGCGCAAGAUGAAGGAAAAGUACGGCAUGACCGAGCUGCGCAAGAUGCAGAACCGCGUCGAGUUUGGUAAAGCGGAGGAGGAGGCCGGUGCGUUCGACGAUAUACUCGGCAUGGGUAUGAUCAACAGCGCGUCCACGGGGCGCGUACGCGCGCAGGUCGCGGACAGCAAGUCACGAGCCAAGAUGUCCAAGCGAAAUAUCAAUCGUCUCGCGGCGCUGCGCGGGCCGACUUCGUCAUCACUGUCCGCAGCUUCGGCGCUCGACAGCGCAACAUCCGGCACCGCAUCCUCGCUCUCGUUCACACCCGUGCAGGGCAUUGAGCUGGUCGACCCAUCUAGGAACAAAACCAAGGUAGACGAGGCCAACGCAAAGUGGUUUAAAGAAGGCGCGUUUUCCAUGCUGCCCAACGCGGGCACAGGCAGCAAGAUCCCGGGCUUGUCCGCUUCUGCUUCCGGUGCCGCCUCAUCCGCCUCUGCUUCCGCUUCACGGGUAAUGGGGCCCCCACCAGUACCGUCGAAGAAAACGGAGAGCUAGUCACGGCUGGAUACUGUAGCGUAAUCUUCACUUUUUACCCAUUGCCUUUCGAUUUACAGCGAC